AUGAAGCUGAAUCCACUCAAGUGCACAUUUGGGGUGGCUUCGGGUCAGUUCUUGGGGUAUAUUGUUAACCAAAGAGGAAUUGAAGAUCUAGCACUGAAAAAGCACCUCGGAGAGGUGCCCCUUUUGUCAAAACCCCAACCAGAAGAAUCACUGCCGCUGUAUUUAGUGAUUUUGAACGUGGCGGUCAGCGUUGUCCUAGUCAGAGAAGAAAAUGAGUGCCAGGUGCCAGUAUACUAUGUCAGCAAAGCACUCUUUCCAGCUGAAACAUGCUACCCAGACAUGGAGAAACUGGCACUUGCCCUCAUCACAGCCUCAAGGAAACUAAGGCCAUACUUUCAGGCCCACUCGAUUGAAGUUCUCACCAACUUCCCAUUGAAGCAAGUGCUGCAGAGAACAGAUGCAUCAGGACGCUUGCUAAAAUGGGCGAUUGAGAUCAACGAGUUCGACCUACUGUUCCGACCUCGACAUGCCGUCAAGGGCCAGGCUCUUGCAAAUUUUAUGGUUGAGUUUGCUAAAGCCCCGAAACCCGAAGCAACAAUGGAAUCAGCCAAGCCCCCAACAUGGAAACUGUUCUUAGAUAGAUCUUUAGGAGAGACUGGCUCCAGGGUAGGAAUUGUCUUGGAAAGCCCAGAGGGUCACAACCUAAAUUGCGCAGUAUGGUUCGAUUUCAAAGCCUCGAACAACGGUGCUGAGUAUGAGGCCCUUCUGGCAGGUCUUAGACUUGCUAAGGAAAUACAAGUCAGAAAGCUACUAGCAAGCAGCGAUUCUCAGCUGAUAGUGAAUCAGAUCAAUGGAAGCUUUGCGGCCAAAGACAGCAACAUGGUUGCAUACUUGAAAUUGGUUUCUGGACCUAAUGUCCUUUCAAAAUUGGCCAGCAACAAGGAUUCUGAGCUACUAAAUGCCGUCCCUAUCGAACACUUAUCGAAGCCCUCCAUUUCCAGAGGAGAAGAGGUAUUUUGGAUAGAAGGCACCCCAUUAUGGAUGCAGCCCAUCAUCGCCUAUCUAAAGGACCAAACACUACCUGCUUCUAGAAGCGAGGUGAGAAAGUUGAGAAGAAGGGCUGCGCACUUUGUCCUGCAAGAGGAUAUGCUCUACAAAAGAGGCUUCGCCUCACUACUUCUUCGAUGCGUGGAAGACGAAGAGGCCACAUAUAUUCUUGGGGAAAUCCAUGAGGAAAUCUGUGGAAAUCACUCCGGAGGAGCAGCUCUGCUUUCUCAGACCCUCUCCGUAGUAACCAGCCCCUGGCCAUUCACCAAGUGGGGCAUCGACUUCAUUGGUUCACUCCUAAAAGGAAGAGGAAGCACGACCUUCGCCAUUGUCACCAUUGACUACUUCACCAAUUUACUGAGUGCUGAAAAUGCCUUGGUAAUGGGUAAUGUAACUUCUCUAAGUAUUGAUAUUUCAAUUCUUUGUCACAUCGAUCAACACAAUAAGAAAACAGAAGCAACAACACUUGGUAAAAAUUUUAUUUCAUUCACUUCAAAUUUACAAAAGAGGCCAAAGCCAUUACAAGAUAAGCCCUAUUCUACAGGAGGCCCAUCCUCGCCAUCCCCUUCCUCACCCGCCUCGGGGGCCACUGGAGCAUCUUCAGCAAGCCUAUCAGACUGGCCUCCAGUAGGUCCCCCGAACUAUGCCUCUAAAGAGGAGAUGUCCAAAGUGGGAUGGACCUCUUUAAGCCGACCUAAUAAGCCUUAG